CCAACAACUUGUGCUUGCCCUCCAAGAAAUGAGUCACAUGCCAAAUCCUCUUUUGCCACUCUCUUCAAACCAUAUCCUCAUUCCACCUAACCUUUUCUCCUCACAUUUUCUCUCAUCUCUCUCUUAAACCACACCAUGGGUGGUUCUCCUAGAAACCCUAACCCUAACCCUUCACACAAACUAGUUCGACCCUGUGAUUAUUGUGGCCAUUCAAACGCAGUUAUAUACUGCAGAGCAGAUUCAGCCAAACUCUGUUUCUCUUGUGAUCGUGAAGUUCACUCCACAAAUCAACUCUUCUCAAAGCACACACGCUCCUUAAUCUGUGAUUCAUGCGAUGAUUCACCUGCUACUAUACUCUGUUCUACAGAAUCCUCUGUUUUCUGUCAAAACUGUGACUGGGAAAAUCACAACCUUUCACUAUCUUCACCUCAUGAACGAAGGUCUCUUGAGGGUUUUACAGGGUGCCCUUCUGUUACUGAGCUUUUGUCGAUUCUGGGUUUGCAGGAUAUUGGAAAAAAAUCGUUGCUUUUGCCUCAGGAAAGUGUAGGAGAUGGGUUUGUUGGGUAUGAGAUUGAAGGGCUUUCUGAUAUGUUUGUUUGGGAUGCUCCUUCUUUUGUUAGUCUUGAUGAUCUUAUUUCUUCUUCUCCUUCUUCUCAUAACUAUCGUGCUAUGGAGGUUCCUCCUUUGCCUAAGAAUCGUAAGGCUGCUUGUGGUAGACACAGAGAAGAGAUUUUAAAUCAGCUUCGUGAGAUGACAAAGUCUGAGCCCUAUGAUCCUGAAGAGUAUAUACCACCGGCAAAUUUAUCUACAAGUUUUGAUUGUGAUGUAAAGGCUGAUAUUGUUCCUUCAAAUGAGUGGCUCAGAGAAAGUAGCGAGCCUAUGUAUCAAGUUGUUCCUGUUGAUACAUCAUUCAAAGCUCACACCGAAGAAAUUUCAGUUAAACAUUCUGUAUCUUCUGUUGGGGAGCCUCAUACCCAUUGUAACAACGGAGGGACGCCUUCAGAACCUCUCAACCAUUGUAACAACGGAGGGACGCCUUCAGAGUAUGUCAAGUCUGAAACCUUGUCAACUACUUCUAAAGCUGUUCCUCCUCCAUAUGAGUUAGCAAGUCAAGAAAGGGAUUCUGCAUUAUUACGGUACAAGCAAAAGAAGAAAACAAGAAGAUAUGACAAGCAUAUAAGGUAUGAAUCACGUAAAGUUCGGGCGGAGAGCAGGACAAGAGUUAAGGGCCGAUUUGCCAAGAUAGACCACUGAAAUCAUGGUAGGCUGCUACAACAAAUUAACGAAAAUUCUUGGCUCAAGUCACAUAAAUUAUGUAACAUGUCCCUUGUUGUAUAGUAAACUUAUUUAAAUUUUGCAUGUGAUGUAUGAUGUUGUGUAUCCUUGGAUCCAGAGCUUUGAUACUGUGCAGUCAAAUUGACGAAAUAUGGUUGACAGUAGUAUUAUCAGAUUUGUUUUGCCUGGCAAAUCAUCAACUUUAUGCUCUGAUAUAGAUAGAAAAACAACAUAUCAGUUCUGUUGUUUUUGUAUUUGUGUUUGAAUUGCUAACUUUUGUAGUUUUAGCUGGGGGGAAAUACUUGUAAGUUUGCGGACACUUCCUGUCCGCAUUUUAUUCAUAUAUAUGCUUGUUCCAGUUUCUUAUAUUAUAUUAUGGAGCACCUAUGGUAGACUUGGAGCAGAAGUACACCAAGAAGGAAGCAUUUUGCUAGCUACUGCAUUCUUCUGUAGUUGUUCUUGAAGCUGUAGCUUGGAAGGUGCUUAUGUUUGGGCAAGGAGUCAUACUUCAUCCUGGUUUUCUAUUUUCCAACCCAAUAAAUAUUUUGACUAUGUUUAGUUUAUUGGUGAGUUUGACAAAAUCACGAUAUAUCACUCUGAUUUUGGCAAAAUAUGUAUUUGGGAGCUUCAAUAAAACUAUGUCAUUGUGAUUUUGUCAAACUCACUGAAUUUACAAUCAUGUACUAUGAAGUAUGAAUGCUUAACCAUGUAAAAUUGUAGUUCUAGACAUUCCUGAGAUUUAUAAAUGUGCGAGAUGUAUACCAAAAAGAGAAAAAAAAGUGUAAACCUUUGGAUUGGUGUUGGA